GAUCAAUUAAGUGAAGAACAAAUUACCGAAUUCAGAGAGGCAUUCUCCUUAUUUGACAAAGAUAACGAUGGUACCAUCACGACCAAGGAACUUGGCACCGUUAUGCGGUCUCUUGGUCAAAACCCCACUGAAUCCGAGUUACAAGACAUGAUCAAUGAAGUUGAUGCCGACGGUAAUGGUACUAUCGACUUUCCUGAAUUCUUGACCAUGAUGGCUCGUAAAAUGAAAGAUACAGAUUCUGAAGAAGAGAUUAAAGAAGCCUUCAAAGUUUUCGACAAAGAUGGUAAUGGUUUCAUCUCUGCGGCCGAACUAAGACAUGUCAUGACCAAUCUCGGUGAGAAACUUACUGACGAAGAGGUUGACGAAAUGAUUCGUGAAGCAGAUGUUGACGGUGAUGGUCAAAUCAACUACGAGGAAUUCGUUAAGAUGAUGAUGACCAAGUAA